UGUAUUUAUUUUCUUAUUUUUCUUCCAACAGAUUUAUCGCGUAAUCGCUUUUGCGAGCUACCCGAGGAGAUCACCACAUUCUCAUUUCUGGAGACGCUACUGCUCUACCACAAUACCAUACGCAGCAUUCCCGAAUCGGUGAAGCAUUUGACAUCGUUGACGUAUUUGGAUUUGCGCAGCAAUCAGUUGGCGUCGCUGUCGCGCGAGAUCUGCUUUCUGCCGCUGCAAGUGUUGCUGGUUUCCAACAACCGGCUGGCGGCAUUGCCCGACGAGUUGGGGCGCAUGGACCGCCUCACCGAUUUGGAUGCCUCAUACAAUCAGUUGUCAACGCUGCCGGCGCGUAUUGGCGAGCUGCGUUCGUUGCGUUCAUUUUCUCUGCGCAGCAAUCAGUUGAUGUAUUUACCGCGUGGUGAGUAAUGAAGGGGGAUUUGUUUUUUGUGUUUUUUUGUGGGUGAUUACUCCAAUAAAGAAGUGUUUUGUAUAA